AAGUAGCUCAAGUUAUAAUUACUUUGAUAUUUUAAAAUGUUUUAAGAAGAAAACUUUUUUAAGCUCCAGAAUAUAUUCCUAAGCUGAAAAAAGAUGUAGUUUUUUAAUCGGGAUCAGCCAAUUAUUUGUCUGUCCAAAAAAGUAUUAAGCACUAUACUUUGGUUUUUCUAUUAUUUAAUAGCUCAAAAAAUGAGAUAAAUUAGUUUAUUAAAAGAUACAUAAAUCUUCAAUAAUAAACUUACUUUAUUAUAAAGUUUUUAAGCCACACAUAUUCUUCAUAUAUAGGUAAUAUUGUGGUGCUUGUGUGUAUACAUAUAUCCUUAUUAAAAUGGAUCAAGCAAAGAGUGGAAUUGAUCCCAGGAGCGGUUUCAACUCAGCAACCAAAAUUUUCCAUAGCCUCAGACCUUCCAUUGAUUUUCCUCCCCAAAAUCUUGCCCUCUCAGUCCCUGAAUACGCUUUCUCCAUUCACCCAAAAUGGCCAGAAUCAGUCGCCUUCAUCAACUCAGAUACCGGCCACCGCCUCCUAUUCUUCGACUUCGUUCGCCGGACAAAAACGCUAGCCGCAAAUCUCCAAACUCAGAUCGGACUCUCCAAGGGUGACGUCGCCUUUGUGCUAUCACCUAACUCGGUCAAUGUUCCGAUUCUCUACUUCGCUCUCCUCACCAUCGGCGUCGUCGUCUCUCCGGCUAACCCGCUUAGCGCCGAGUCAGAGAUCGAUAGACUCGUCCAGCUCUGCAAGCCGGUAUUCGCCUUCACCAGCUCAGAAACGGCUCACAAGCUCCGAAAUCACCGCCUCAGAACCAUGUUAAUCGACUCGCCUGAGUUCGACUCACUUACAACGAGUUCGAAUCGGGAAUUGGAGUCGGUUACGGUGAGGCAAUCCGAUUUGGCAGCCGUUAUGUUCUCUUCGGGGACCACCGGGAAGGUCAAGGGAGUGAUGUUGACUCACCGGAACGUGAUUGCAACGAUCGGUGGGUACCACGCGAAAGCCAAGCGAAUGGGGAAGAAAUCGCCCAAGGUAGCGCUUCAAACGGUGCCGUUUUUUCAUGCUUACGGAUUUUUUUACUGUGCGAUAUCAGUGGCGGUGGGGGACACGGUGGUGGUAAUGAUGAAGCGGUUUGAGCUGAGAAAAAUGCUUGGAGCGAUUGAGGAGUUUAGAGUGACGAACGUAGCGUUAGUGCCACCGAUUGUGGUGGCUCUGGUGAAGAGUAGCACUGAUGUAACGGCUGCCUAUAACUUGAGUUCGUUGGAAACCGUUACCUGCGGUGGGUCACCACUCAAGAAGGAAGCCAUUGACGCCUUCAAAGCUAGGUUUCCCAAAGUAACACUGACGCAGGGUUAUGGGCUUACUGAGGCUACGAUGACAGUAUCCCGACAAGAGAGCCCAGAAGAAAGUGAACAGGUGGGAUCAUCAGGUAAGAUUGCAGAAGGUUUGGAAGCAAAGAUUGUAGAUCCUACUAAUGGACUUGCCUUGCCUCCCUUCAAACCAGGGGAGCUUUGGAUUAGAGGCCCUUCAAUAAUGAAAGGUUAUAUGGGUGACAAAGAAGCAACGUCGGCAGCCAUAGACGCUGAUGGUUGGUUGAGGACUGGUGACCUCUGUUACAUCGAUGAUCAAGGUUUUCUUUAUGUUGUCGAUAGGCUCAAAGAAUUAAUCAAAUACAAGGCAUAUCAGGUCGCUCCAGCAGAACUGGAACAGUUGCUUCAGUCCCACCCAGAGAUACUCGACGCUGCUGUAAUACCAUAUCCAGAGGAGGAGGUUGGUCAGGUGCCGAUGGCUAUAGUGGUCCGGUUGCCUAAAAGUACCUUGACAGAAGCAGAGGUUAAAGAUUUUGUAGCCAAGCAGGUUUCCCCGUACAAGAAGAUAAGGAGGGUUGCAUUUGUAGAUACCAUACCCAAGACUCCCUCUGGCAAAAUUUUAAGACAUCAACUCAUCAAAAUUUUCAUCCCAUCAUCACCCUCAUCUCGAAUGUGAUACAUUAAUUACUUUACAUUACAUGUAUAAUUAAACUAAAAAUUAAUUAAUAAAUCAAAGAGGGACACAUGACAUUUACAUAUAUAUAUAUUAAUUUGAUAUUUCCUAUG